AAGUGAAUAAAAAAGGGAAAUGAAGCGUGACACGUGCUAAGCACGAGGGUGGACAAAACAUGAAGGGAGGGGGAUGAUCACUCAGAUUAGAGACCACAAAAAGAAAACGCUACUUCCCCUCCAUUUUGUCUGAAUCAAAAUCUCGCCCUCCUCCACCUUCCAAUUCCGGCUCUGAUUCUCUGGUCUGCAGUCUGCAGCGGAGAACUAUCAAUGGCUGGAACUGGAGCGGAUCUCAUCACUCCUCUCAUCUCCUCCCCACCCUCCGAUCAACCUGAACUCAUCCUCACCGUCGAUGACCGACCCGGUUUUGAAUCCUUCAGUGACCAUUGCUCCUCUAAUGGCACUAAGGCUGACCACACCCAACCUGAGUCUGAUAACCCGUUUGAGUUUCUCGGGUCGGGCGGCUUCUCCGUCCCUGGAACACCCACCGUGGAUCCGUUCCGGAAUAACACGCCCAAGAUUGAUGGGGUUUAUGAGUGGUUCAAGAUCCUGGUCUGCGUACCCAUUGCUGCGAUUCGGCUGGUAUUGUUCGGAUUGUGUUUGCUGGUUGGGUAUUUGGCUACCAAGUUUGCUCUUCAUGGUUGGAAGGAUAAGCAGAAUCCCAUGCCCAAAUGGCGGUGCCGGGUUAUGUGGGUCACGCGCAUCUGUUCUCGUUGUAUUCUCUUUUCUUUUGGCUACCAUUGGAUAAAACGAAGGGGAAGACCUGCUUCAAGGGAGACUGCUCCUAUAGUUGUAUCAAACCAUGUAUCAUAUGUUGAGCCUAUCUUCUUUUUCUAUGAAUUAUUCCCUACCAUUGUUGCAUCGGAGUCCCAUGAUUCCCUACCCUUUGUUGGAACCAUUAUUAGAGCAAUGCAGGUUAUAUAUGUUAAUAGGUUCUCCCAAUCGUCAAGGAAACAGGCUGUUAAUGAGAUAAAGAAAAAGGCUUCUUGCGAGAGAUAUCCUCGAGUGUUAUUGUUUCCUGAGGGAACUACAACUAAUGGAAGGGUCAUUAUUUCAUUCCAACUUGGUGCAUUUAUCCCUGGUUAUCCAAUCCAACCGGUAGUUGUCCGCUAUCCUCAUAUACAUUUUGACCAAUCUUGGGGGCAUAUUUCUUUGGGAAGGCUGAUGUUUAGAAUGUUCACACAGUUUCACAAUUUCAUGGAGGUAGAAUACCUCCCUGUCAUUUCACCCCUUGAAAAUAAAAAAGAAAAUGCUGUCCAUUUUGCAAAGCGGACUGGUCAUGCUAUUGCAACUGCACUAAAUGUUGUACAAACAUCUCAUUCAUAUGGGGACUUAAUGCUUCUCACUAGAGCAUCUCAGUCAAAACAGGAAAAGCCCUCAAGUUAUAUGGUUGAAAUGGCAAGGGUGGAAUCAUCAUUCCAUUUAAGCACCUUGGAAGCUGUGGACUUUCUGGAUACAUUUCUUUCCAUGAAUCCAGAUCCCAGUGGAUGUGUUAAAAUCCAUGACUUCUUUAGGGUGCUAAGACUGAAGCCAUGUUAUCUUUCUGAGAAGAUAUUUGGAUUCAUUGAUGUGGACAAGAGUGGAAGGAUCACAUUCAAACAGUUCUUGUUCGGAUCAGCUCAUGUGAUGAAGCAGCCAUUAUUCCGACAAGCCUGUGAAUUAGCAUUUGCUGAAUGUGACUCUGAUGGAGACUUGUACAUUUCAGAGCAAGAGUUGGGAGAUUCCAUUAGACCAGUGAUUCCAGACUUGAAUGAGGAUGAGUGGCAAUUGCAGAUACAGGAGACGUUCAACUUGUUUGACACUGACAAAGAUGGCAGGGUAAGCAAGGAUGAUUUCAGUAACUGCCUGAGAAGGCAUCCGCUGCUCAUAGCACUUUUCUCACCCAGUUUGCUGCACAAGGCUUAACGGAGGCACGGUAUUCAGAUGCAAGAGGAGAUUGUGUGAUGAAUGGGAUUGAAUGUAGGUUAGAAUUGGUUGAUGUAUUAUUGUAACCCAGAUGGGAUUUUGAGGGGAGUAGGUGUUUUUUACCCAUGGAAAUGCUCCCGAGUUGCAGGGAUCCCUUUUCAAACUCAAAAACUUCUUCCCCCCUGUAACUGUAAAAUGGUUUUUUAGGCAGUCAGCUUUGCUAAAUUAAUUUGGGUUUCCAUUUUUAUAAUCGUCUCAGUAUUGUAUCUGAACAAAAAUCAUCUCACACAUAAUUUGGGUUUCCAUUCA